AUACUACAUCUUGAUCACUUUUUUACUAUAAAAAUAAUCAUAGAUCCUAAAAAUGGAUCAUCUGAUAAUUUUUUUGUUAGUUACAACAAUGUAUUUUGGGAUAAAUGAAGCUUGCAAGAAAAAUCAUGUAGUAAUUCAUAACGAACUCGGUCCUGGUAUUGAUCUCAAUAUUGCAUGCCGGCAACUCAGCAUAGAGCGCACACCUUCAAGGUUUCACACCCUAAAGUACAAAGAUCCUUUUUAUAUCAUUGAGUUUGCGGAUAAUAAUCAGCUACCUCAUGGUGAAAAAUGGUAUUGUCUGCUUAGUCACGGAACUAGACCAAAAUAUUGGUUUGAUAUUGAAGUAUAUGCUCAAGCCUAUUAUCCUCGAUGUGGUCAGCUACGCUCAUGGAUUGCUAGAAAGGAUGGGAUUUGGUUUACAAGAAGAUAUCAUAGUCCGCCAGGGCAUGUACUUGAUUGGAAAAUCCAGUAAUGUUCUCUUGUUUUCAUUUUCCCUAUAAUUAACUAAUGUUUAUGUAAGUGGUUUUUGUUUUGUAAUACGCUGUAAAAGCUAAUUAAGUCAUCAACAUAAAUUGGUGGUAGAAUAUAUGGCAAAAUGUUGUAUUAAAAUAUGAGUCCAUUUGAUGUCUAUGUAUUUUGCAUCAACGUUUAAAAUAAUAAGACAAUAUACUUUUAUAUGCCUGCAUUUGUAUGAUUUUUUAAUAAGAAACUGCCAUCUUUAGCAAAUCUUUUAACUUUCUUUAUCUUAUCGCUAGUUUCCGUAACAAAAAAAACAGUGUUACAAACUUACAAUCAUAAAAAUGUUUUAAGACAGUGAUUUUAAGGGACGGAAGAUGAAACGUGAGGGUAAAUAGCAUCACUGAUCUCCUUUUCAUUUCUUGUCUUAUUAUGUUUUACAUUAGUUAUCUUAAACCCUAACACGAUGUGAUAUACCCUCAUGAACUUGAACCCACCAAAC